AUGGAGGCGGGGCAGAGGGCGAAGGUCCUCGCGGGCGCUUUUGCCGCCUCGCUCUGCGUGGGGCUCUUCGCGCCCUGCAUGUCGCUGCGGCUGGACCUGGAGCUGCUGCACAUCCCCCCCGCGCUGAAACCCUUGGUGAACUCUCUACACCUGCCGGAGGCGGCGUACGCGGACGCCAGCCUGUGGAUGUGCAUCCAGGCGCUGCUCCUCUCGGCCUGCCGCGGCGAGGUCAACAGCGCGGUGGCCUUUGUCAUGCUCGCGUGGGUUGUACUGUCCUCAUCUUCGCCGUCGCCGCCACCGUGGGCGACGUGGCCGUGCUCUCGCACCUGGCGUCCGCGCCGCCCGGCGGCGCGCCGCUCCGGUUGUCCCGCGUGCUGGGGCGGUUGGCGAUGUUGGAAGAGCGGCGUGAUCCUGUCUGGGGGCUGGGGGCUCAUCCCGCUGGCGGCGGCAGAGCUGUGCCACCACCUGCUGCAGCGCUGCCUGCCCGCGCAGGCUUGA